UCAUGAGUCAUACACCCGAGGAAGGCAGAAACUUUCCGAUCGCAGGUUCAGAUCGAAGAUGUCAACGGAGAGACGUCCGAUGACCAACGAAGAGAACGCUAUGUUCCUUGACAUAUUACAAGAAGCACCUUUGUUCGGUCACAGGAAAUCUAGAAGCCUUGUUGGAAGUUACCUCUAUCUGAUUCUAUUGGCAGGCUAUGCCGUUUUAGCUGCAGGAGCUCCUUGGAUUUUUCAUCAUCUCCACCAUCUGACCCCUUCUUUGCUCUGCUGCUGCGAUGUUGCGCUUUUGAUUCUCACUGGUAUCUUUCAACAGUAUUUUGUUUUUCAAGUCCAGAAAAUACGUCUUCAGGGUUAUUACAGUUUCAGUCAGAAGUUGAAGCAUGUUGUUCGUCUUCCAUUUGCAAUCGCUGCAUAUGGGACCGCUGGGAUGCUUCUUGUGAUAGUAUGGGAUCCCCAAAUCAGCAUUCUUUCUACCUCUGCUUUACAACGGAUCAUUAUGAUUGCUGAAUCAGUGUGUGCUGGCUUCUUCAUGAGUUUAUAUAUAGGUUAUGUGCAUCAAUACAAUUCCGUUAAUUCCAGGCCAGAUGUCUUGAAGUCGUUAUACUCUCCUCUUCAACCGUCAAGUUCUAUGGACGGCCUGAGGUAUUAUGAAGGCCGACUUUCUGAUCAACAGACGGCUUUGUUACAAUAUCAGCGAGAAAACCUCCAUUUUCUAAGCGAGGAGAUUCUGUCUUUGCAAGAGAAACUAAGCAAAUAUGAACAAUCUGAUGAUGGAAGAACCCCUCAGGUUGAUCUGGCACAUCUUUUAGCUUCUCGAGAUCAGGAGUUGAGGACCCUUUCAGCUGAGAUGAAUCAACUUCAGUCUGAGCUACGGCUUGCUCGUUCUUUGAUAGCAGAGAGAGAUGCAGAGGUGCAGCGUGUCAACAAUACCAACAGUCAGUAUAUUGAAGAAAACGAAAGGCUGAGGGCGAUACUGAGUGAAUGGAGCAUGCGAGCAGCAAAUCUUGAGAGAGCUUUGGAAGUGGAGCGUAUGUCUAACUCGGAACUACAGAAGGAAGUGGCAGCUGGGCGUAGAAAGCAGAUGGUAGAGGCAUCUGAGCAAUCUCCAUUGUAAAAAUGACAAACAAAGCUUAGGUUUUGGAAUCUCAGAAGUUGGUGCUUUCUUCAUGGAAUCAAAGCUGCUUGCUUUUUUUUUUCUCUUAUAAAUGCUCUCUAUCAUUUACUUCCUUGUAAAUUAUGACAGCUUUUUGUUUGCGGUUGAAAUGAAGCUAUUUGUACAAA